AGAGAUCUUGAGUCGUUUCAGUGUUAACUGACGGCAGUUCUAGUUCGUAAUGUGGCAGAGUACUGCAAACCGACAAGAAAACGGAAAUUACUUUCCUUCGCAUCAGUUUCAUGAUCUGCCAGUUCCCGGUCACCAUGUGAUCGACUUAGACCCGCUCUAUCGAGGUUUAGGUAGACUGCAGAAGUCAGGAUCCUUAUCUACAAGUUGCUUUCGUGAUAGUCCAUCGGUGUCUACUGUCGAUCAUCAAAAUACAAUCGAUAAUAAUAAUUGUAGCAUUAGUGAGAGUCGAAGGACAUCGAUCGACUCAUCCUUGAACCUUGGAUUUGACCUUGAACCCUUCAACCAACUCUAUCGAGCGCUGUCGUACAGUGCGGUCAACAGUUACCUCCACACGUGUGUCGCGUCAGCCGCGUGUGUCCGAUGUCGUAGCACGGCGUUUACACUGGACAAUUCAUCUGCAUGUGUGUGUGAGGAUCCUACCGAUUGUCCACAUGAACGCAGCAGGCGAAAAAGGAGUCAACAAAGUAGUGGCUACACAAGGGAAACCUAUGAAGAUGUUCAAAGACUUUCACCUGACGAUGAAAUGGAUGCAGCAGACUGUAGGCCUACACCACUUGGAGCGAGAAGUCGGGACUUGGAGUUGGAGAGUGUCAGUGACGAAGACUCGGUCGGAUCCAACUAUUCGUCAACUUCAUCUUCGUCGUCAUCAUCCUCUUCAUCAUCAUCCUCCAUGUCAUCAUCGACGUCAUCGUCUUCUUCAUCUUCUUCCUCGGUUCCAAAGUUUAACCUGAUGCACUUUUCAGAGCCUUCUGAUUCGACAACACCUAUAGUUAACAACAAUAAAACUAGUCCCAUAGAUAUAAAAUAUUUGAGCAGCGAAGUAGACAUGAUGUGUAACGCUUCGAUAGGUGAGCCUACACAAAAGCGAAGAACGAGUAGAGCUUCGUUAUCCAACAAUGCAGUCUCUUCAUCGGUUUGACUUGCUGUGAUUUUGGAGAAUGUAUGUCCGAUGUUUAAGUGUUGACGUUUAUGAUGAAGUGUCCAAAAUUUGGUGGUUUGGAUGGAUAGAGAUAGAAUUAAACCCAGUGGGUUAAAUAAGGGACAGGGAGGACCAGCCCCCCCAUCCUAAGCCCAUGGACGCCCCCCCCAAGUUUGAUUUUCAACAUUAAUCCCCCCCCCCCCACCAAGAAUUUCAAGAAUUCAAGGACGCAGUCUUGAGAUGGGUAAAUGACAGAUCUUGGGAGCAAACUUGGUUUUCGUGGUAAAAACACUGAUAAUAGAAAAUCGAAGUACCUAGUGAAAUAGUGAAGAUUUGAAAUCGAUAAGUGACUAUAGUGAGGUCCACGUUAUAAUGACAGUAUUUGAUCAACUUAGGUUUCGCUAUCCUUGUCUAUUAUUCGACAAAGCCGGUGUUACUAUCCUUUUCUAGGUCCACAACGAUGCCAAUUAUGUUUUUGACAGUGUAGAAAUAUAAUUAAUUAAUGCAGAGAAUCGGCAUCGCUAUUCUUCUAUCUUUAUCCACUGCCAUUAUAACGUGAACCGCACUAUAGGUCUGUAUUUUAUGAGUAAAUGAUGUUUGAUCAAUAUUCAAGAAAUAAUUGUUAGGUGCGGACUAGGGUAAGAAUAGGAACGUAAAAAUAGAGAAGAAGAGGAUGAAGAAAGAAGAUCAUUAGAUAUUUUAUUUUGAAAUAAAAUUGAUGAUAAUUUAUGCAUCUGAUGAUGAGCAGUAGGCCUAUCUCAGAAAAUGUAGGCUAUAAACCAAAGCAGAGCGUAACCUUCAUUCCACAUUAGACGGUAUAAAAGUUAGGCUAUGUCUGAGAUAGAUGCACUUAUUCUAAUGAUGUGAGCACUAAGCUCUCAAAGAAAAACUUUACGUGCCGGUUGGAUAAAAGCCGGUUAAAUUUUAAUCGUGAUUAAUUCCACGAGAAAUCCAAUCAGAGAAGCCGUCUUUUCAAAAACGCCUUCUCUGAUUGGUUCUCGCGAAAUCAAUCACGAUUAAAAUUUAACCGGCUUUUGUGCAACCGGGCCUACAACUGCAAUUAUGACAAUACUAUCAUCUCAGAUCCAAUGGUAGUCAUUGGCGGAAGUGUGCUUGUUUGUUAACGGAGGUGAGAGAUUAAUUUGUUCUAUUCCAUAUUUUAUAAUGCAUUCGAAUCUGAAUAAGUGAAUAAUAUUCAUUGGAUGUUGCUUAUCAUAAAUAAAUCAAUAGAUUUAGAUUUAGUAAAGAGAAUAAAUUAAUGUUUCUGUUGUAAUGGUAUAUUAUUAUACACUCCAUUGUUCACGUUGUGGUAAAUUUAGUAAUUCGAUUACAAAAAUAGUCUAUGGCUACGCAAUUACUUUUUUAUCUUUUCACAGCGCAAUUUCGUGAAUAUAGAUCAUUCAUUUGCGAAACUAGUUUGUAAAAUAUCUUAAUGAGCCAAUAUUUUAUUGCUAAUAUUCACAAUAGUACAAUGAUGAAGAGAAUUAUUGAGGAUUGCUAUUAUCAAAAAAGGGUAGCCAUGAUAAUAUUUUAAGAACAAGUAAGGAAUUGUGAAAUGAAACCAGAGUACAGCUUUACUAACAAACAACGAAUUUUGGUGAAAUGUGCAACGUAAUGAUCAAUAAAUAAAGCAGGCUGACUCGCCUAUCAUCCAAAUUCACUUUUGGAAGUAUGCCAUGCCACUGCAGAUUCGCUUCAGACCCGCAUUCGCUUAUGUAACCAAAUCAACUAAAUAUUUUGCUUUUUUCAUCCUUCCUGAGAACUAAGUUGAUAAAUGUGUCCACUACCAGAAGUAAUUCAAAAAAUAGGGAACAGUCCUCUCUAAAUGAGUUUUCAAAUGAAUCGCAGACGUUGAAAUUGGCAUUUAUUAUUCCUUGUCGCUCAAACCCUAUCUUGUCAGCGCUUUGAUUUAUUGUUAAUCUGCUCUCAAGUGUCUUCAGCAGAAACUAGAGUGUUUUGACAUUGGCUAAAAUAAACUCUAUGACUAUAACAGAAGAAUUCAUGUUCUUGGUCUAUCGGUAUACGGUACCGCCUGUCUCUAUUUAAUUUAUUUUCCUGUCAUAAUGGUAUUCUAUCGAAAUUGAAAUGCCAAUUUUGGUAAAAACUGGACAAAUAGAGGCAUAAAGUUCAUUAGUGACCAGAAAUUAGCUUUGAUCUAAACUUGAAUUGAUGAAAGGCAUGAAACUUGUGUGUUUUUAUUAUUUAUAAGUGAAUGAAACAUAACCUACUUGUUGGAUUAGUGUAAUCAAAAUUCGGGGAAGGAACAGUUUUGGCAGUGCCUGUCGGUCCUUCCCCAAUCAUUUUAAUAAUGUGUUCUUUGUAUCUAGAUGAAUGAAAAAAUAAAUAAAUAUUGGGUAGGAUAAAGGUUUCAUCUAUUCAAAUAUAAUAAACGGGUAAAACCUAUCUCAAUGGGGGCAUAAGAUGGUCAAGCGAGAACAAUACAUCUGCGAGACCCUCUGGCAGGUAAUUUUAGCACAUUUUCGACCCUUGUGCAAUGAAGCGCAUCCUGUUAAGUUUAGUGACGUUAUUCCACACUUAGACUUUUACUUGGGGAUUCCCAUUUCCGUGUUCUAUACAGGUCCGCCAAAGUUAUAAUUUCCAACUAUUAGACAGUCUAUACUCUGUCUGUAGCUUUUGGUAUAACAUGGAGCUCCUGCAAAGCUUAUCAAGAUGCGACAAAGAUCUAAACCGUGAAGGCAUAUACCAGUUUUUAUUGAUGUACAAUCGAAUUGCGAAUAUAGGAUAUUAUGCUCGUCGUGUGGUAAAAACCAAACCCUACAAUUAAAUGGUGUGUUUCAUGAAAUAAGUGACUUUAAUAUAUAUAACGAUUUUAUAACUCGUAUCAGAUUAUCAGAAAUGUACAUAAUGUUUAGAAACAGAAUUUUCAAAUCAUUCUUAUUAAAUUUAGAAAAAUAGUUGAAUUCCAUCAUUAUGGAACACAAUCUUGAGCCUAUUCCAAUAUUAUCAAACAACUCAUUUCUUAGUGCUAAUUGAUUUUUUUCAAACGAUACAUAUUAUGUCGAGUUGUAAAUUAAGGACCAGAAUGGUGGAUUUUGGAGUAGGUUUUGAAAAAUUAUUUUAUGCUGCUAAACCUAUCUGGAAGGGGGCAUUAAGAGAUCUAUUGUUUGAUAUUGGUUGAGCAUUGACAUAGGUUGACAGUUAUUGUUUCCCAUUCCAUCGGCGUUGAAGAGUGGGCAUUGUUCUCUCUUGACCGUUCCAUGCCCCCAUCCAGAUGGGUUUUACCCUAAUAAACUUAUUCAUUCUCGAUCCAGAUUCCAAUUAUGUUCAUUUAUGUAUAAACAUAAUUAUUAUGUUAUAAUAUUUAUAAACAAUAUGACAAGUGUACAUUAGGGUGAAAAAAUAUAUAUUUUUAUUUACUUACAAGAAAAGAAUUGUCUAUUGAUAAGACAAGAGAAAUCUUCACAAGUCUUUCCUUUUCAAGAAAAAACGUAUGAGUACACAGGAUUUUUACUCUCC